AUGCUUUUGACUCUCAAGUUUGAUGCUGCUAUCGAGUUCUACAUCUUCCCCAGUCGUCGGAGGCCAGAAUAUGCUUUCUUUGAGCAAAUUAGGCGACUUGUUCAACUUGUUCCGGUACCGUCUGCCGGACAGUUGGAGUACGCACUGGCCAAGAACUACAGUCGCGGUUCAGCCUUCAAUGAAGAUAUAUUUGGGGAGGACUGUCUGAUUUCCGAUGAAGAAGGUCAGUUCAUCUAUCCCUUAGUUUGCUUAUCGAAGUGCAGGAUCGAUACUUCUCAGCACUCGCUUAACAAAACAUAUUGA